AUGGAGAAUCGGAAGAAGCUUCACACUCGCAGGCGAGUCGGUCCACAGACGGAACCCGCCAUUACCAGGACACACUACAGGCGAAGGCCUCUCUACUUUUCUAUGCUUAAGAAACGCGUAUUCGUUCCGCUUUCUGGCCUUGGAUCUUUCACUGUGCAGACGCUGUUAUAUCCACUGGUCUUGCUGCGUAUUCGCCUUCAACUCCAAGAAGGCGUCCAGGUCUAUCGCGGAUUGAUUCAUGCGACAUCAUGCAUAAUUCGCGAAGAAGGCUUCAGAGGUCUAUAUAACGGCUAUUUUGUCAAGUCCGCUCAAAUUGUAUCUGGUAAAUGUUUUUUACUUUUACUUUUCCCCUUGAAAACAAUCAAUCCGACAAUCGCGAAGAACUACGGUUCAGUGAUAAAAACUAGCUGCCUAAUUUCCGUAAGUGAUUUUCUGUGGGUGAUGGAUCACGACAUGAAAGCUGCUUGCCACCAAAUUUGGGCGGCAGUGUAG